AAGGAGCAAGAGAAGAGGAAGAAGAAGAACAGAAAGAAAAAGGAGUAUCUGAACGAAGACGUUAACGGGUUUGCGGCACACCUGAAGCGGAGCUCCCGGAGUGGCGAGGCGGCUGAAGCAGACAGCGCUGAGCUGGAGGAGGUAGCGGUAGCCUUGAAGAAGGACAAGCGGCGGGAGGAUAGGAGGGUGAAGAGGCAAGAAAAGAAAAAAAAUGCCAUGGUGUGUUUCCACUGUAGAGAACCUGGCCAUGGUGUUGCUGAUUGUCCUGCAGUACUUGAAAGUCAGGAUAUGGGGACAGGAAUCUGUUACCGGUGCGGAUCCACGGAACACGACAUCAGCAAAUGCAAAGCAAAAAUAGAUCCAGCGGUUGGGAUAUUUCCAUAUGCGAAAUGUUUCAUCUGUGGUGAGAUGGGGCAUCUGUCAAGGUCAUGUCCAGAUAAUCCCAAAGGAUUGUAUGCCGAAGGUGGUGGCUGCAGACUUUGUGGCUCUGUGGAGCACUUCAGAAAAGACUGUCCGGAAAAACAGAGUGCAGAUCACAUUACAGUUGGGCGAUGGGCCACUGGAAUGAGCGCAGAUUACGAAGAAAUCACAGAAACACCAAAGCUGCAAAAACCAAAACUGAAAGUACCUAAAGUUGUUACUUUUUGA